UAAAAGGCAAACUAUAUCAAUAUAAAUAUGCUGCAAGUCACUAUUCCACUUUGUCUGGAUUAGAACGGCUAGGCGCCGCAGUGACCACCUUACCUUCUUAUCGGCUUCACAAUCCAAAGCUAAGAAGUCGUUUUACAUUACUCGCGCACUUAAACUGGUGUACGUUUUUGGACGCUCUGUUUUUGAGAGCUUAACGGAAAACGCAAAAAACUGGCUCGUGAAUAUAUUCAAGAUGAAUGCAUUUUACGUGACACUGUCCAUUCCUCUUUUAUUGGUUCUCGCAGGAUUUAAUCACGCUCAUGGAUUAACCACGUUUGGGAAGUCGACACCUAACAAUCAACCACCUUCAAUGGAGAAGGCUAAAAAGUGCUCUGGUCAAUCAACCUGCAGUCUUAUAAAGAAUACCACAUGUAUAAAAGGAUUUUGUUUAUGUGGGGACAAUAAUCCGCCUGUAAAUGCAGAAUGUUCGGCUGUAUUACAAGGUCCGAAUCAUAUUUGUACCAAGCAUGAAGAUUGUGUCGACAACGCAGAUUGCAUUCCAGCCAAAGAGGCGAACAUUCCAAAAGAAAAUCUGCUUUUACUGCAAGAUCCUAACGUCAGUAUUUGCAAGUGUCAAGAAGGCUAUCGAGAUACUGGAGCAACAUGUGGAGGAAAUAUACGGCUGAGUACCAUUCCAUUCCUGCUCUUCGCUUUGGCAAUAUGUAAACUAUUUUAUUAAAAUCAAGUGACAGUAAAUUUCAGAGCUGCUAUUGUAUUCCGUUAACGCAUAUUUAUUUAGUUACUUUCAGAUCUAUAACUUAUUUACUGCAUCGAGCUCCCUUGAACCACUUAAAUAUGCACUUUAUUAUAGCAUUGUAUAAUCAUUAGUAAUAAUACCCAUGUUAACUUUACUAAGUCACUAGCUGCACAGUGGUUUUUAAAAUCACAAAAUUUUAUUUAAAUCAAGAUGUCAUUGAAAAGCUAUACUUGUUUGCUAAAAUUUUGAAUUUUAGUAAAUUGUCGAUAUUAAAUGUGCUCUCGCUUAAUUUACUAGUAAUAUUUUAUGCAUUUAUUACUUACGUUAAUAAUAGAAAUCGCAACAUUUUCCUGAAACAUUCACAAUUCAUCCACAGUUUUAAUGCUAUUGUACCAAUAGUACAAGGCUCGGCAAGGCGACUGUCGAUCGGAAGAAUGUGAGCCUCAUUCCCUAACUUUAAGUAUGGUUUGUAUUCAACAAUGCUUGAAAUAUUUAAGGGGGAAACCUGUAUCUUUAAAAUUUGUUAACGAAGUUCUGUCAUUACAUGUUUAUAAAAUAAAACAACUCAGGUCACCGGUUUUUUGUAACUGACAUUUAUCAAUUAAGAAGUGUUAGUAAUUAGCGUGCUGUCCAAGAACGUACAAUAAAAUUACUUUUGAUUAGUUUUA